UUCGAUUCAGAGGAGUCUACAGCAGCAGCCAAACCACCGACAUCUAUCUCUAAGUCGUAUCAUUAACCUACCUUAUAUCAAGAUGGCCAAUCAACUAAAAUUGUAUCUCUUUGGAGAUCAGACAUACGACAUACAACCACACCUCAGGGAGUUGAUGCUAUACAGGCACAAUCCAGUACUGGAAGACUUCCUGGUCAGAGUAUACGACGCCAUCCGUACAGAGAUAUACCAACUUCCAUCUGAAGUCAGGGAUGAUCUCCCUCGAUUCACCUGCUUAGACGAUCUCGUCCUAUGGAAGCAAGAUGGAAAACGGUGCAUAGCCUUAGACAUGGCUGUGACAUGCAUGUACCAGCUCGGCGUAUUCAUCAGCCAAGCCGACACGUGGGAAUUCCACGCCAAUGAUUCCCGCAUUCUGGGUCUCUGCACGGGAGCUUUGGCCGCCGCUGCAGUCGGCUGUAGCCGUAACACACUUGAGCUCAUCCCUGUGGCUGUUGACGCGGUCAUAGUGGCUUUCAGAACGGGCAUACAUGUAACCGACAUGGCACAGAGGCUCCAGACCUCGGAUUCGUCGGACCAGAGCUGGUCAAUAAUUGUACCUGGCUCCUCUUCGGCUGAUGCCGUCAUAAGAUUUUGCGAACAAACGACGCUGCCCCUAUCAGCUAGGCCCUACGUUAGCGCCUACGCUCCAAAUGGCAUCACCGUGAGCGGUCCACCUCGCUCACUUGAGCUGCUUACCCGCUCAGGAACGUUACAUCACUCGAGCUUGAAGGGCAUCAAGAUCUUCGGACCGUACCAUGCUCCGCAUCUAUAUUUUUCAGAGGAUGUUGACGAAAUUGUCGAGAGCCUAAGUUCCAGCAGCACUCGCUCACGCCCAAGCUAUAUUCCUGUCUUCUCCAGCACCGGAAAGGCGGAUGACAGCAGCACCUUCGAGACCCUCCUAAAGUCUGCAGUCGGUCAGAUACUACUACAGCCAAUUCGUUGGAAUGACAUCCUCGAGGAGCUGCAGGUCUGCCUCCGAAGAGAGCAACCCAACUCGUUCACUAUCGUUCCGAUUGGAACCAAGGCCGACCAACUCAUCUAUACAGCGCUUAAGCAGACGUCUCUGCGGCCUUUGCUAGCACAACUUCCAAUUCAGAGUCAACCGACCCCUGCUCAGGGCGGUUCGUAUGCUAGCCCCGGAAAACCCAAGCUUGCUAUCAUCGGAUUGUCAGGAAGGUUCCCCGGUGCCCAAGACAACGAAGCUUUCUGGGACCUCCUUUACCAGGGUCUAGAUGUCCACAAGCCUGUGCCAGACUUCCACUGGGAUGCCAGGACUCAUGUCGACCCCACAGGAAAGGGGAAGAACACGAGCGCAACGGCGUUUGGCUGUUGGCUUGAUGACCCAGCCGGUUUCGAUGCGCGCUUCUUCAACAUUUCGCCGCGAGAAGCGCCACAAAUUGACCCCGCGCAAAGGCUUGCUCUGAUGACGGCCUACGAAGCGAUCGAACAAGCCGGUAUCGUCCCAGACGCCACGCCGUCGACACGCCGCGAUCGUGUCGGCGUCUUUUAUGGUGUGACUAGUAUGGACUGGAUGGAAACCAACAGUGCCCAGAAUGUCGACACGUACUUCAUUCCCGGUGGAAAUCAAGCGUUCAUCCCGGGCCGGGUGAACUACUUCUUCAAAUUCAGUGGUCCAAGUUAUGCGGUCAACACGGCAUGCUCAUCUAGUCUUGCUGGAAUUCACCUUGCCUGCAAUUCUCUCUGGAGAGGAGACAUAGAUACGGCUAUUGCUGGCGGUACCAAUGUUUUGACCAACCCGGACAUGACGGCUGGUCUUGAUAAGGGACACUUCCUCUCGAGAACAGGUAAUUGCAAGACCUUCGACGACUCUGCUGACGGAUACUGCCGAGGUGAGGGCGUCGGCACGGUCAUCAUCAAACGUCUUGAUGAUGCUAUUGCCGACAAGGACCCUAUCUUGGGAUUAAUCUUGGGCGCGUACACAAAUCACUCUGCCGAAUCCGAGUCUAUCACUCGCCCUCACGUUGGUGCUCAGCGUGCCAUUUUUAGCAAGAUCCUCAAUCAAGGUGCUGUCGACCCCUAUUCUAUCGGAUAUGUCGAGAUGCACGGAACCGGUACGCAAGCGGGCGACGCUGGAGAGAUGUCCAGUGUUCUGGAUACCUUUGCUCCACCUCUCGCCCAGGUUAAGGCCGGCCGAACCAGCAGCGAGGCUCUCUUCUUGGGCUCUGCUAAGGCAAAUGUCGGACACGGCGAAGCUGCAUCUGGCAUGGCAAGUCUUACCAAGGUGCUAUUAAUGAUGCAGAAGAAUAUGAUAGUUCCGCACUGUGGUAUCAAGACAAAGAUAAACCACAAGUUUCCAACGGAUCUCGAUGAACGGAACGUUCGUAUUGCUUUGAAGCCUACACCAUGGGAGAGGAGCUCUGAUCCUUCGAAGCCCCGACGAGCAUUCGUGAACAACUUCAGUGCUGCUGGUGGUAACACAGCCCUGUUGAUCGAAGAUGCGCCUCUCCUACCCGAGCCCACCAACGAAGUCGCCGACUCGCGUAACCACCACGUCGUGGCUGUUUCGGCUAAGAAUGGCGUUUCCUUGCAAGGAAACCUGAAGUCUCUACUCAAGUUCCUAGAGCAUAACUCCAGUGUCAACCUUGGCCAGCUCUCGUAUACUACCACAGCACGGCGCAUUCACCACCAGCAUCGUGUAAUGCUUGCUGGCUCAAAUGCUGAGGACCUAUGCGUACAGAUAGAGGCUGCUAUCCGCGACCAGGCAGGAAUGACUAGGCCCAAGGGCUCACCCAAGGUUGUCUUCGCAUUCACAGGGCAGGGUGCACAGUACCCUGGUAUGGGCAAAGAGCUUUAUGACAACUUCUCUCUGUUCCGUACUGAAAUUCGGAGAUUGGAUCGUAUUGGUCAGAGCCUUGGUUUUCCUUCCAUACUGCCUGUUAUCCAAUCGAAAGAAUUGGAUGUCAGCAUCUUCAAGCCCGCCGCUGUUCAGUUGGCUAGCGUCUGUUUGCAAAUUGCACUCACUAAGCUAUGGGCAUCGUGGAAUAUUACCCCUACCGCCGUUGUUGGACACAGUCUAGGAGAGUAUGCCGCCCUCAACGUGUCUGGAGUCCUCUCUGAUGCAGACACAAUCUACCUGGUAGGAGCUAGGGCUACUCUACUCCAAGAGAAGUGCACUCGCGAUACUCACUCUAUGCUGGUAGUUAUGGCAUCAGUUGAGACAGUCCAAGGCAUCCUCAAGAAUCGCACGUACGAAGUUGCUUGUAUCAAUUCACCGACUGAGACGGUUUUGGCCGGCAUCAACGAGGAUAUCGCCGUUUUCAAGAACCUGCUAGCAGAUGCAGGUCUCAAGACAACACUCUUGAAGGUCCCCUAUGCUUUCCACUCUUCUCAAGUGGAUCCGAUUCUAGAGGAAUUCAAGAAAGUGGCUACCGGCGCAACGUACUCCGAGGCUAAGAUUCCAGUGCUAUGCCCCUUGGAUGGAAAUAUCUCUAUUGGCAUUGAAAACUUCGGCCCUGAGUACCUCGCCCGUCAUACCCGUGAACCUGUCAACAUGCGAAAGGCACUCAUGACAGCAAACAGCCGCCAUAUUCUUGGCGAUCAGUCCACCACACUAGAAAUUGGCCCGCAUCCCGCCAUCUCCGGGAUGGUCCGGUCGGUUCUCGGCUCACAAACGAAGACACUGGCAUCAUUACAGAGAGGCAGACCAGUUUUCCAGACUCUAGUAGCUGCACUGAAAUCCCUCUACACUGCAGGAGCUGACAUUCGCUGGUCGGGAUAUCACGCCGAUUUCAAGGCGUCCCAUAAGGUCAUCCAGCUGCCAGCAUACAAUUGGGACUUGAAACCAUACUGGAUUCAAUAUGUCAAUGACUGGUCCUUGCGCAAGGGAGACCCCCCUCUGGUAAUCAGCGGCUCUUCGCGAAUUGAGAGCACCACGGUUCACAGGGUUGUCGAAGAAACUGGCGAUUCUAAGAAAGCCCACAUCAUCGUCGAGGCAGAUGUCACUCGCAAGGAUUUCCGACCGUUGGUAGAGGGUCAUGAAGUUGAUGGAGUCCCUCUUUGCACCCCGGCCGUUUAUGCUGACAUUGCACUCACCGUCGGCACUUACCUCCUUCGGCGGUAUAACCCAAGCAAGGCGGGCAGCAUCGUCAACAUCUCCAACUUGGAUAUUUUUAAGGCGCUAAUCCUCCGUUCUAAUGCCUCUGAGCAGGCUCUUCAGGCCCACGCCGAGGCAGACUGGUCAUCGAAUACGGCGACUGUCAAGUUUAUGACCUUUGACGCCCACAAGAAACUACAGGAGCACUCUCGCUGUGUCAUUCGCUUUACGGACAACAGCCUUCAGCAGAAGCUGCAAAAGGAGGCUGCAAACGUGAAGCAAAGACUGCAAGCUCUCCGCAACGGGAUUACCACAGGUGAGACCGCUCGUUACAACCGCUCCAUGGUAUACCGCGCCAUCCGACCGCUAGCACGGUUCCACGAUGACUACAGAGCUGUGGAUGAAAUCUUGCUCGACAGCAAGACGCUAGAGGCUUCAAGCCGUCUCAGCUUCGGAAGCUUCAAGAAGGGCGGUGACUUCCACACCCAUCCGGGCCUUCUGGACGCUUUGACCUGGUCUGCUGGGUUCUCCAUGAACUGCAGAGAUGACAACGAUCUGGACCGGGAUGUGUACGUGAACCACGGGUGGGGAUCGUUCCAGAUGUUCGAGCCGCUAUCCUUUGAGAAGGAGUACACGACUUACUCUCGUAUGGUCGAAGGCAAAGACCGAUUAUGGCACGGUGACGUGAUGGUCCUACAUGGCGAUAAAGUUGUCGCGCACUUUGGAGAGUUCGCGAUGCAAGGUGUACCCCGCCGUGUCUUGCGGGUUAUUCUAUCAGCAGAAAGCGGAAAUGCAAAGAAACAGGCGCCUGCACAGAAGAGCCAGGUUGCCCCCUCAGUCCCUUCAGCACACUCGUUGCCGUCAAUACCCUCUCAACCUGUCAUUAGUGCGACGAAGCCUCUUGCUCAAAUCAAUGAAAGCCCCUCAUCCUCAACUAACGUUGCGCAAGCCUUGUCCAUCAUCGCCGAUGAAAGUGGCAUUGCCGUGUCGGAUUUGACCGACAACACUGUUUUCGGCGACGUCGGGAUCGAUUCCCUUUUGGGUCUGACCAUCUCUGCCCGAUUCAAGGAGGAGCUUGACAUGGACCUCGACUUCAACGCACUGUUUUACGAGUAUCCCACAGUUGGAGAUCUCAAGGGAUUCUUUGGAGAUUCGAAAUCGGCCAGCACCACCGGUACCUCCACCCCGAGAACCCACGAUGGCAUAGAUACCCCCACUCCAAAGGCGAGCACGACAACUUCUUCAGUCACGGAUGAGACACCCUCGGUGACGAUGAAAGUUGACUUCAAGCGCGCCCUUGAGAUUAUAUCCGAAGAGAGCGGCGUUGCGACGGAAGAUCUUACUGAUGACACCAACUUUGCCGACUCGGGUGUGGACUCGCUUCUAUCGCUCGUUAUCGUGAGUCGGUUUAGGGAUGAACUCGAACUUGACAUCCAACACGAGUCUCUAUUCCUUGAGUGUCCCACCGUUGCCGACCUAAAAGAGUUGCUUCUUGGAUCCUCCGAUACGGGAAGCACAAACCAACCCCCUGUUGAGGAAAAGCCAGAACCUAUCACUGUCACCAAAGCACCGCGCUUCACAGAAAGCGAGAAGGCUGAAUUAGCCGCUCGAAAGGCAGCUGUAGAUGUAUAUGUCGAUAAGUACACCGCCGGCUAUUCGGCGCCAGUGCCUUCGCCAUCCGCCCUUGCCCCUUCGGAUAAUGCAAAGGUUGUCCUAGUAACAGGAACAUCGGGAAGCUUAGGAGGCCACCUAGCUUUCCAGCUAGCGCAUCGUGCCGACGUGAAGACGGUCGUCUGUCUCAAUCGCGAGAACAAGGCCGAAGCCUUUACGCGUCAGAAGAAGGCCAUGAAAGACAAGGGCGUUCACUUCCCCGAACAUCUCCUCUCCAAACUGCACGUGUUGCAGACGGACAGUUCGGCGCCCAUGCUCGGUUUGUCGAAGAGCGAAUAUGACACGCUAGCGGGCUCCGUCACGCACCUCAUCCACAACGCGUGGCCCAUGAGCGUGAAGCGGCCCCUCGACGGCUUCGAGCCUCAAUUCAGCACGAUGCGCAACCUGAUCGACUUCGCUUCCGCCGUGGUAUCCCGCCGCCCCGCCAGCUUCCGAUUCGGCUUCCAGAUGAUAUCGUCCAUCAGCGUGGUCGGGCACUACGGGCGCACGGAAGAGCACGCGGUCGUGCCCGAGGACCGUGUGAGCGUCGACGCGCUUCUGCCCGUCGGCUACGCGCAGGCCAAGUGGGGUUGCGAGCGGAUGCUCGACGAGACCCUGCACAGGUACCCGGAACAUUUCCGCCCCAUGACCGUGCGCCUGGGCCAGAUCGCCGGGUCCAAGGUCAGCGGGUACUGGAACCCGAUGGAGCACUUCGGGUUCAUGAUCAAGUCCUCGCAGACGCUUAACGCCCUACCUGACGUCGACGGCACCGUAUACUGGACGCCCGUCAACGACAUCGCCGGCGCGCUGGCCGAUCUCGUCUUGCGCCCGCACCCGCAGCCCCACUACCCCUUCUACCACAUCGAGAACCCUGUCGGCCAGCCGUGGAAAGAAGUCAACAAGAUCUUGGCAGAUGCGCUAGGCAUCCGGGACUUAAUUCCCCUUGAGGAGUGGACGAAGCGCGUGCGCGCAGCGCCGCAGCGAAACAAUCCGGCUGCUGCGCUGGCCGACUUCCUAGACAGCAACUACCGGCGCAUGUCCUGCGGCGGACUCGUUCUCGAUGCGAAGAAGACGCUUGAGCACUCACCUACCUUAGCGGCGGUGGGUCCGGUCAGCGAGGAAGUUAUCAGGAGAUACAUCUACGUGUGGAAAGAGAUUGGUUUCCUGAAUUAAUGAGUACCUAGGUAGAUAUGGCUAUCUUGCCUACCUGUGGAUAUACAUAGAAAGUUUCAUGCAAAAAGAUUGGAGAGGCUAGAUUGAAAAUAUCGAGAUUACAUUUUGUACAUUAGGAAUGCUAUAGAAUAGGACAGGGGAAUAACAAUUUUACUUUCAUAUAACUUUUCAUCCAA